AUGGAAUUAACUCAGCAGCAGCCGCAUAAGCCUGUCCAGAGGCUAGCACAGCCAAGGACCACCAGUUGGGGCUUGGGUUCUGGGACCAGCACCAUGGCAGCCGCUGGGCUGCGAGAUAUCCCUCUACUCCCUGGAUCUCCGCGUCGACUGAGUUCUCGGACAGUGGCCAGAGGAGGCCAGGGCCCCAUACAGUACCUCAAAGUGCCAAGUCCCCGGGCCCCAGGUCAGAGGGACAGUUCUAGCCGACACUCUAGUCAGGUCUCCGGGAGAGAGUGUCCCCGUGACAGUGCUGUCAUCAAUAACUACCUGGAUGCCAAUGAACCCCCAUCAGAAGCCCGUUUGAGCCGAAUGCACUUCCACGACAACCAGAGGAAAGUCGAUUACGUUCUUGCAUACCACUACAGGAAACGAGGGGCACACCAGGGUCAUGGCUCCCCUGGACAUUCGCUGGCUGUUAUCUCCAAUGGGGAGACAGGCAAGGAGCGCCAUGCUGGAGGCCCUGGUGAUAUUGAACUUGGGCCACUGGAUGCUCUGGAAGAGGAGAGGAGGGGACAGCGAGAUGAAUUUGAACACAACCUGAUGGCGGCUGGGCUGGAGCUGGAGAAGGACUUGGAGAACAAAAGCCAGGGGUCUGUCUUUGUCCGGAUCCACGCCCCGUGGCAGGUGCUGGCCAGGGAAGCAGAAUUCUUGAAGAUCAAAGUCCCCACCAAGAAAAUGUACGAGAUCAAAGCAGGAGGCAGCAUUGCAAAGAAGUUCAGUGCCAUUCUGCAGACGCUCAGCUCACCCCUGCAGCCCAGGGUUCCUGAACACAGCAACAACAGGAUGAAAAACCUCUCCUACCCGUUCUCCAGGGAAAAAAUGUACCUGUACAACAUCCAGGAAAAGGACACCUUCUUCGACAAUGCUACACGGAGUCGCAUUGUACAUGACAUUCUGAAGCGCACAGCCUGUUCUCGAGCCAACAACACUAUGGGUAUUAACUCUCUGAUAGCAAACAAUAUCUACGAGGCUGCCUACCCACUUCAUGAUGGUGAAUAUGACAGUCCAGGGGAUGACAUGAAUGACAGAAAGCUGCUGUAUCAGGAAUGGGCACGCUAUGGAGUGUUUUAUAAAUUUCAACCCAUUGACCUCAUCAGGAAGUAUUUUGGAGAGAAAAUUGGGCUCUAUUUUGCUUGGCUGGGAUUGUAUACAUCAUUCCUUAUCCCAUCUUCUGUCAUUGGGGUGAUCGUGUUUCUUUAUGGAUGUGCAACAAUUGAGGAAGAUAUUCCCAGCAAAGAGAUGUGUGACCACCAGAAUGCCUUUACCAUGUGUCCCCUGUGUGACAAGUCCUGUGACUAUUGGAACCUCAGCUCAGCCUGUGGGACUGCACGAGCUAGUCAUCUGUUCGAUAACCCAGCCACCGUCUUCUUUUCCAUCUUCAUGGCUCUGUGGGCUACCAUGUUUCUGGAAAACUGGAAGAGACUGCAGAUGCGGCUGGGCUACUUCUGGGACCUGACUGGAAUAGAAGAGGAAGAAGAACAUUCCCAGGAACACUCCCGGCCUGAGUAUGAAACCAAAGUAAGAGAGAAACUGUUGAAGGAGAGUGGCAAGUCGGUGGUUCAGAAACUGGAUGCGAAUUCGCCUGUGGAUGAUGAGGAUGAUGAAGACAAACUGACCUGGAAAGACCGUUUCCCAGGAUACUUGAUGAACUUUGCCUCCAUCUUGUUCAUGAUUGCCCUGACAUUCUCCAUUGUCUUUGGGGUCAUUGUGUAUCGGAUCACAACUGCAGCUGCGCUCUCUCUCAGCAAGGCCACACGUUCCAACGUCCGGGCAACGGUGACUGCAACAGCAGUCAUCAUCAACCUUGUGGUCAUCCUCAUCUUGGAUGAGAUCUAUGGUGCUGUAGCCAAGUGGCUCACCAAAAUCGAGGUCCCAAAAACUGAGCAGACCUUUGAAGAGCGCUUGAUCCUCAAAGCUUUCUUGCUAAAGUUUGUCAACGCCUACUCCCCCAUCUUCUAUGUGGCCUUCUUCAAGGGGAGGUUUGUGGGAAGACCUGGAAGCUAUGUCUAUGUGUUCGAUGGCUACCGCAUGGAAGAGUGUGCUCCGGGAGGCUGUCUCAUGGAGCUGUGCAUCCAGCUCAGCAUCAUCAUGCUGGGGAAGCAGCUGAUCCAGAACAAUAUCUUCGAGAUUGGAGUCCCGAAGCUAAAGAAACUCUUUCGGAAGCUGAAAGAUGAGACAGAACCUGGAGAAAGUGACCCUGACCACUCAAAACGUCCAGAGCAGUGGGACCUGGACUACAGCCUAGAGCCAUACACUGGGCUGACUCCUGAGUACAUGGAAAUGAUCAUCCAGUUUGGUUUUGUCACCCUUUUUGUGGCCUCCUUUCCACUGGCACCAGUGUUUGCCCUCCUCAACAAUGUCAUCGAAGUGCGGCUGGAUGCAAAAAAGUUUGUUACAGAGUUGAGACGUCCAGAUGCUGUGAGGACCAAAGACAUUGGAAUUUGGUUUGACAUUCUCUCUGGAAUUGGCAAGUUCUCUGUCAUCAUCAACGCUUUUGUCAUCGCUGUCACCUCCGACUUUAUCCCCCGUCUUGUGUACCAGUACUCCUAUAGUCACAAUGGAACUCUACACGGCUUCGUGAACCACACCCUCUCCUUCUUCAAUGUCAGCCAGCUGAAGGAGGGAACACAGCCAGAAAACUCACAGUUUGACCAGGAGGUUCAGUUUUGCAGGUUCAAGGAUUAUCGAGAGCCACCAUGGGCACCAAACCCAUAUGAGUUUUCCAAGCAGUACUGGUCUGUCCUGUCUGCCCGUUUGGCCUUUGUGAUCAUCUUCCAGAACCUAGUGAUGUUCCUGAGUGUCCUCGUGGACUGGAUGAUUCCUGAUAUCCCCACGGACAUCAGCGACCAGAUCAAGAAAGAGAAGAGCUUGUUGGUGGAUUUCUUCCUGAAGGAGGAGCAUGAGAAGGUCAAACUGGCGGAUGAGCCCACCCGGAGGAGCCAGGGUGGUGGGGAUCGGAGCAGGAGGAGCCGUGCAGCCAGCUAUGCACCCUCUGGCCGCAGUCAGCCAGGCAGCAUAGCAUCCUCAGGGUCCCAGCACACCAACGUGUGAACCUUCCUCAGUUGGCAGCGGAAGAGGCAUGUGACGCAUGCGCACACCACGUGUUCCUGUAGCACAAUGGCUCCUCUUCUGCUGGGAACUGACUUGCAGGUGUCUCCAAGAGAGAGCUACAGAAGGGAAAAUAAAAGUGAAAGCAUGCGGGAGGGAAGGGAGCGGUACUGCUUCUCAGAAACUCCAAGUUUCCGUUUCUUUUAGGUCCUCUUUUGAGUUGUGUCCUUUCGGGGAGUUGGUACCCCACGGGGGUUUCUCAACCCUAGAUUCCCUGGGGCCCCUUCUUGCACUCCACCAUCAUUUUAGGUGGAAGAAGUGCAGUCAGGGCCCCAUCCAUGCUAGCACCCACUAUACCUGAUCACUACCCACUUCCUACUGUCCCCCUAAAACAACCUCUUGGAGACACUUGCGACUAGGGCCACUACAAGGCUGAGUUACAGGACUAAUUUCUGUGGCCACUGGGCCUGAUGGUAGGGACAGAGGUCCUCUCUGGGCUCAUCUGAAGUUCAUGCGAUAAGGAUGCUUGGAUACAAUACACCUAACCACCUUUUAUGCAAGUACAGAUUUAAAAUAAAAUCAGUGUAAAGAUUUUUUUAAAUGCA